UAUACGUAAUGCCCGUAAUAUUAAUAAAAAAAUAAUACGUAUCGAUAUGUUAUACCUUAAAUGACAUGGUACAUUCUCGAAAUUUCGGUGUUUGAGCUCAUAGUAAUUUAAGCAUACUUAUUAUACCAAAGUGGAAUUGGAUAAUUAGUAUGUAAUUUGAGCUCUUGCCGCUGUUACUGGAAAACAUGUCUGAAUCUGAUUACUUCCACAAUCCACACCACUUAGCAAGUGGACAUGGCACCACAUAUAUAAAAAUGGACAUAAAGCAAACUUUAGCCAACACCAUAUCUGACACUGUGCCAAGUGCACAACUCAACUUAAAUUUGCUGGCACAGGCAGGCAGCUGAUCCAACGAAGCCUUGUUGGUAAUGGCUGAUUUCAACUCAAUUCAUCGUCUCCUUGUUUCAUAUUUGCUCUUUCUCCUUCUCCUCAAUUCAAAUUCACGACUUGUCGUCUGCUCCGCUGAUGUCAACUGCACAGACGCCGAAAGAAGAGCACUUGUUGGCCUCAGAGAAGGUCUCACCGACCCUUCCGGCAGGCUCUCUUCCUGGGUGGGCCUAGAUUGUUGCACAUGGAAAGGCAUCAAAUGCCACAACCAAACAGGACGUGUCACCAAGCUCGACCUUAGAAAUCCGUAUCAGUUAAUCAAUGGUGGAGCAGGUGAUCCAACAGCAUAUAAACGCUCCUGUUUGGGAGGUGAGAUCAACCAUUCUUUGCUCCACUUGGAAUAUCUGACUUAUCUGGACCUUAGCCUGAAUGAUUUUGAAGGAUUUGAAAUUCCCGACUUCUUUGGCCAUCUCCGAAAUUUGAGAUAUCUCAAUCUCUCAUUUGCUUCAUUUGCUGGAGAGAUUCCUCCUUGUCUAGGGAAUUUGACAAGCUUGCAGUAUCUGGACCUCUAUGCAGACUCGUACAGCAGUACAGGCCUCAGGGAAUUACGUUCAGGGAGUCUGAAAUGGCUUUCAGAUCUCUCUUCUUUAAAAUAUCUAAACCUGGGAUUUGCCAAACUCGAUAGCAUAGGUGAGAAUUGGCUGCAAAUAUUUAAUAUGCUUCCUUCCUUGGUAGACUUACGCUUGCACUGGUGUGAACUUAAAGGUCUCCCAUUGUCAUUACCAUCCAUUAACUUCACCUCACUUUCAGUUCUUGAUUUGUCAGAGAAUUCUUUUAAUUCUGUUGUUCCCCAAUGGUUGUUCAAUCUCACCGAUCUCACAGAACUGUAUCUGACAUGGGACUUUUUCAGCGGUUCAAUUCCUGCUGAAUUUGCAAACCUGAAAAAUCUCCAAGUCCUUGAUUUGUCUGAUAAUUUGAACCUCGAGGGUCAAAUUCCUGGAUUAUUUGGAAAUCUUAGCAAACUGCAGAUUCUAGAUCUUUCUUCAAACAAUUUCCAUGGUGAGAUUCAUGAACUUUUUAGUGGUUUCUCAAGUGACCCAAACAAUAAGUUAGAGUCACUUGAUCUAAGUUCCAACUCAUUGAUUGGGGAACUGCCCGAGUCCUUAGGAUUGCUUAAACACUUACAACACCUAUACCUCUCUGGCAACUCUUUCUGGGGCUCAAUUCCAUCAUCUAUUGGAAGCUUGCCAGCGCUGAGAAAAUUAGACCUGUCAUAUAAUAUGAUGAAUGGUACAAUUCCUGAAAGCUUUGGGCAACUCUCACAGCUAGUUGAAAUGAACCUUGUCGCAAAUUCUUGGAAGGGUAUCUUGAAAGAAGCCCACCUCAUGAAUCUCAGAAGAUUAAAGCAUGUUCGUCUCACAACAGACCCUUCAAGGUCCUUGGCUUUCCGUGUGUCCUACAAGUGGUUUCCUCCUUUCAAACUUAAGUCUAUCCAACUUGAGAACUGCAUGGUAGGCCCCUCAUUUCCAGUAUGGGUUCAAGUUCAAAAUGAUCUUAACUCUGUCAUCUUAAAAAAUGUUGGAAUAUCUGACUCCAUACCAGGGAAAUGGUUUUCAGAAGUGUCUGCUCAAGUCACUUAUUUGGUUCUAUCCCAAAACCAAAUCAGGGGGAAGUUGCCGCCCCAGUUACAAUUUCCAUAUUUAAACGUCGUUGAUCUGAGUUCUAAUUACUUUGAGGGUCCUCUCCCGCCUUGGUCUACUAACGCAACCGAUGUAUUCCUUCAAGAAAAUUCAUUUUCAGGGCCAAUACCUGAAAACAUUGGGGUCUUGAUGCCACGGCUGCAGAAAUUAUACGUUUCUAGGAAUAAUCUGAGUGGUAGAAUCCCAUCAUCCAUGUGUGACCUCGAGGCGCUGCAAAUUUUAUCCCUUAGAAACAACAAGUUUUCUGGAGAACUCCCCAACUGUUGGUAUCGAUCAUUAACGUUAUGGGGCAUUGAUAUAUCAAGUAAUAGUUUGACUGGAAACAUCCCAAGUUCCUUUGGUUUCCUAUCUUCUCUAAGUGUGCUGCUGUUGAGCAACAACAACCUGGAAGGGGAGAUCCCAUCUUCGUUGCAAAAUUGCUCCGGUUUGACAAGCAUGGACCUUGGAGGUAAUAAAUUUUUAGGGAGUCUACCUUGGUGGGUUGAAAAAUUAUCGUCCUUUUUCAUGCUUCGUCUCGGCUCAAACUUUAUCAGUGGGCCGAUACCUGACCAGUUCUGUAACCUUCAAAAUUUUCACAUAUUAGAUCUUUCCCACAACAAAAUUUCAGGGUCCAUUCCCAAGUGUAUUGGUAAUCUGACCGCACUAGUCCAUGGUAAGAGCAGCGAGGUAUUUGAAGGGCUAAUAAAGGUGGUAACAAGAGGAAGAGAUCCCGAAUAUAGCAGCGUUGAGGCAAGUAUGAACAGCAUUGACCUUUCGGGGAAUUACCUUGCAGGAGAAAUCCCUGAUGAGAUCAGAAGCCUUUCUGCACUGCGCAUCUUGAAUUUGUCAAGUAAUUUCCUGAGCAAGAGCAUUGCUGAGAAAAUUGGAAACUUGCAACUGCUGGAGUCGCUUGAUCUGUCACACAACCAUCUUUCAGGGGCAAUCCCGCAAAGCUUGACAUCUCUGGCUUCUUUGACUCGAUUAAACCUGUCAUACAACAACUUUUCUGGAAGGAUCCCUCUCCUCCCAAAAUUCAAUGAUUCCUCCAUUUAUGAUGGGAAUCCAUUGCUAUGCGGGGCUCCACUUCCAACCAAGUGCCCAGACAAAUAGACACUGCUUGUGUUGGUGGAGGCAUUGCAGGCAUAAGUAGUCUUACAAAUUACAACGCAGCACUUUCAAAUAAAGAAUACUAUAUAUUUGUACAAAACUAAAUGCUGUCUUUAGUCCAAAUCCUAUCUCAUUUGGAUUAUGCAUUGUCCCUCCUUGGCAAAACAUGCCAACCUUCCUCUUUGCGGGUUCAAGUUAUUAAUGGCAUGGAACUGCAUUUUUCUCGA